AUGGACGCUCUGUUGCGCGAAGCUGAGGCCCUGAAGGGCUCUCUGGAGAACUCGUCUCGCUUCCUCCACCUCAUGCCCAACGAAGCGCCCAAGGCUCAGAACUUCCUCAACCAACUCAACGACAAAAUCGCCCAGCUGGACAGGUCCGACGCCAAGGUGCAGGCCAAGCUGCCGGCGCUGGAGGCUGCGGUGGUGCAGGCGGCUGCGGCGAUCGACGGAGCAAGCAAGGCCAAGGAGGUCGAUGCCGAAAUCAAGGCCGUCGAAGCGCUCCUCAAGAAGGCCCAGGACGCCGCUCGCGCCGUCAUCUUCGUGCCCGGCUCCGCCAUCAGGCCUGCGGAAGCGGACCUGAAGAAGCUGGCCGAUGCCGUGGCCGAGCUCGAGCCCGCGCUUGAGGUCUUCAUCGCCAAAUAUGGCGCCCUCGACAAGGCCAAGGCCAAGGUGCCGACGUUCCAGGCGGGUCUGGCGGAGGCCGCCAACAAGCUGGCCCUCGCCUCGACCGCCGAUCAGGGCGCGGAGCAGCUCAAGAAGGUGGUGGAGCUGCUGAAGUCCACCGAUGCCCAGCAGCGACACCUCAAGGGCGUCCUCUUCGGCCGCAUCUGCAACGAGAAAGAGGCGAAUGAGGUCCGCCGGCUGAAGGACGAGCUGUGGACCAACGCGACGGAGCUCGAGCAGCACGUCGGCGUCAGCGUGCCCGGCGAUACCCAGCCCAAGGGCGUCGUCGUCGCCGCGUUGCAGACUGCUGCCGAUGCCGACGCCGCCUUGAACAAGUACCAGCAGGACGGCUCGGUGGAGACGCUCCGCGUGGAGGUCGCGACGUGGUCGGGCAAGCUGCAGGACUUCAUCAACAGGUGGCACGACGAGAACGCCUACAACGUGGCCACGGAGGCGCUCGAGCGCCUGCAGGGCCUGCUGCCCGCGCUCGAGCAGUUCGGCGACGUCAACGGCUUCGUGACCAACACCCUGAAGAACGCCAAGGAGAACGUCGAGAAGGCCAACAAGAACAUCCCGCUGGCCAAGGCGCGCAUCGAGUCCAAGCCGCUGGUCGAGCUGGUCCGGAAGUCCCGCGAGAAGCUCACCGACUUCAUCAGCCGCCCGCACGUGCAGAGCUACUUCGACACGGCCAUGGAGGGCCUCGAGGAGCUGGCCUCGCUCGUCCCGGCCCUCGAGGCCUACGUCGCCGACUCAGCCGUCGACGAUCUCGUCAAGUCCGCCAAGGGACAGAUCGCCAAGGCCGAAGCCCUCGUCUCGGCCGCCAAGAUCAAGUUCGAGUCGGCGCCGCUGCGGGAUAAGGUGGCUUCCACCCACGCCAAGCUGAACGAUUUCAUCAGCCGCCCGCACGUGCAAAGCUACUACAACGACGCGUUGGAGGCGAUGGAUGAGCUCAAGGCGCUGGUACCGGCCCUGGAGGUGUACAUCAUCGACAGCGAUGUGGCCAGCGCGGUCAAGAACGCAAAGGAGAAGAUGGCCAAGGCUCAGGAGCUCAUCGUCAAGGCCGGCGUCCAGUUCGCCGCCGAGCCGCUCAAGAACAAGGUGGUCGACACCUACAGGAAGCUCGAUCCUUUCGUGAACCGCUGGCACGUCAAGGAGUACUACGACACGGCCCUCGAGGCCCUCGAGGAGCUCAAGGUGCUCCUGCCCGAGCUCGAGCAGUACGCCUCCGACUCCUACGUGGCCACCGCCCUCACCAACGCCCGGGACAUGAUUCGGAGGACCGAGGCCGUCCUGCCCGAGGCCAAGACGCGCUUCGAGUCCGGUCCGCUCAAUGACAAGGUGACUGAGACGCACCGCAAGCUUGAUGACUUCAUCAACCGCUUCCACGUCGAGGAGUACUACAACAAGGCCCUCGAGGCGCUCGAGGAGCUCCAGCAGCUAAUUCCCGCGCUCGAGGCCUACACCUCGGACACCUACGUGGCCAGCAACGUCAAGAACGCCAAGGAGAAGGUCCUCAAGGCCGAGGCCCUCAUCCCACAGGCCAAGGCGCGCUUCGAGUCCUCGGGCGUCAUCGAGAAGAUCAGGUCCCUCCUUGGCAAGCUCUCCACCUUCACCCACACCUGGCAUCACAAGCCCUACUUCGAUGACGCGGUGGAGGCCACGGAGGAGAUCAAGUCGCUGCUGCCGGUGCUGGAGCAGUACUCGUCGGACAGCUACGCCGCCGACAUGAUCCGCAACGCGACCAAGUCCAUCGCCGAGGCCGAGGCGGUCAUGCCCAAGGCUCGCGCCCGCUUCGAGGGCGAGCCGCUCCGCGACAAGGUGGUCGCCACCCACAACCGGCUCGAUAAAUUCAUCAAGGACUGGUAUUACAAGGAGUACUACAACGACGCCAUGGAGGCCAUCGAGGAGCUCAACGCGCUCCUGCCCGCGCUCCAGGCUUAUGACACGGACUCGUACAUUGCCGGUGUCAUCCAGACCGCGAAGAACAAGAUCGCGCAGGCCGAGGCCAACGUGCCGCAGGCCAAGGUCAAGUUCGAGGCCGAGCCGCUCAAGGACCAGGUCACCCAGACCCACGGAAGGCUCGACAAAUUCAUCAAGGACUGGUACUACCAAGAGUACUACAACGACGCCAUGGAGGCCCUCGAGGAGCUCAAGGCGCUCCUGCCCGCGCUCGAGGUCUACGCAUCGGACUCGCACGUGUCCGAUGUGAUCAAGAACGCCAGGAACAAGAUGGCGCAGGCCGAGGCCAACAUCCCGCAGGCCAAGAUGAAGUUCGAGUCGGCUGCCCUCAAGGACAAGGUCAACGCCACCCAGGGAAGGCUCGACAAAUUCAUCAAGGACUGGUACUACAAGGAGUACUAUAACGACGCUAUCGAGGCCCUCGAGGAGCUCAACUCGCUCCUGCCUGCGCUCGAGGCCUACGCGGCGGACUCGCACGUGGCCGAUGUGAUCAAGAACGCCAAGAACAAGAUGGCGCAGGCCGAGGCCAACAUUCCUCAGGCCAAGGUCAAGUUCGAGGCCGAGCCGCUCAAGGACCAGGUCAGCAAGACCCAGGGAAGGCUCGACAAAUUCAUCAAGGACUGGUACUACCAGGAGUACUACAACGACGCCAUGGAGGCCCUCGAGGAGCUCAACGCGCUCCUGCCCGCGCUCGAAGUCUACGCAUCGGACUCGCACGUGGCCGAUGUGAUCAAGAACGCCAAGAACAAGAUGGCGCAGGCCGAGGCCAACAUCCCGCAGGCCAAGAUGAAGUUCGAGUCGGCUGCCCUCAAGGACAAGGUCAACGCCACCCAGGGAAGGCUAGAUAAAUUCAUCAAGGACUGGUACUACCAAGAGUACUACAACGACGCCAUUGAGGCCCUCGAGGAGCUCAACUCGCUCCUGCCUGCGCUCGAGGCCUACGCGGCGGACUCGCACGUGGCCGACGUGAUCAAGUACACCAAGACCAAGAUCGCGCAGGCCGAGGCCAACAUCCCGCAGGCCAAGGUCAAGUUCGAGGCCGAGCCGCUCAAGGACCAGGUCAACAAGACCCAGCAGCUCCUCGAUAAAUUCAUCAAGGACUGGUACUACCAGGAGUACUACAACACUGCCGUUGAGGCCAUUGAUGAGCUCAACUCGCUCCUGCCUGCGCUCGAGGCCUACGCAUCGGACUCGCACGUGGCCGAUGUGAUCAAGAACGCCAGGAACAAGAUCGCGCAGGCCGAGGCCAACAUCCCGCAGGCCAAGGUCAAGUUCGAGGCCGAGCCGCUCAAGGACCAGGUCAACAAGACCCAGGGAAGGCUCGACAAAUUCAUCAAGGACUGGUACUACCAGGAGUACUACAAUGACGCCAUGGAGGCCCUCGAGGAGCUGAGCAUGCUCCUGCCCGCGCUCGAGGUCUACGCGGCGGACUCACACGUGGCCGAAGUGAUCAAGAACGCCAAGAACAAGAUGGCGCAGGCCGAGGCCAACAUCCCGCAGGCCAAGGUCAAGUUCGAGUCUGCCGCCCUCAAGGACCAGGUCACCCAGGCGUACAGCAGGCUCAACGACUUCAUCAAGUCGUGGCACCACAAGGAGUACUACAACACGGCGGUGGAGACGAUCGACGAGCUCAACCUGCUGCUGCCCGCGCUCGAGACGUUCGCGUCUGACACGCACGUGGCCGAGACCAUCAAGGCGGCGAGGGAGAAGAUCGCGCAGGCUGAGGCCAACAUCCCGCAGGCCAAGAUCAAGUUUGAGGCCGAGCCUCUGCGCGACAGGGUGGGCACCACCCACACCAAGCUCGACAACUUCAUCAAGAGCUGGCAGUACAAGGAGUACUACGACACGGCGGUGGAGACCAUCGAUGAGCUGGAGCAGCUCCUGCCCGCUCUGGAGACCUAUGCCUCCGACGAUCAGGUGGCGCGCACGAUCAAGACUGCGCGCGACAAGAUCCAGGCGGCCAAGGCCAACUUCCCCCAGGCCCGCGCGCGCUUCGAGGCCGAGCCCCUGCGCAACAAGGUCGACCAGCUCUACGCCAAGCUCGACAACUUCAUCAAGACGUGGCAGCACGAGGAGUACUACAACACCGCCAUGGAGGCCAUGGAGGAGUUGGAGACGCUCCUGCCCGCGCUCGAGGAGUUCGCCUCGGAUUCGAGUGUGGCGAGCACGCUCCGUGUGGCCAAGGAGCGCAUCCAGAAGGCCGAGGCCAACAUCCCCCAGGCCCGGCUCAAGUACGCCGCCGAGCCUCUCCGUGCCGGCCUCGAUAAGGCCGCCAGCCAGCUUGACAACUUCAUCAAGACGUGGCAGCACGAGGAGUACUACAACACCGCGAUCGAGGCCGUCGACGAGGUGAACGCCCUGAUGUCCGCGCUGGAGCCCUUCGCUUCGGACAGCUACGUGGCGUCGACGAUCAACUCCGCCAAGGACAAGGUGCAGAAGGCCCAGGCCAACUUCCCGCUGGCCAAGGCCCGCUUCGAGGCCAAGCCCCUCCAGGAGAUGGUCGGCAAGUCCGCCGACAAGCUGCCGAACUUCAUCAAGACGUGGCAGCACGAGGAGUACUACAACACGGCCAUGGAGGCGAUCGGCGAGCUCGAGGCGCUCCUGCCGGCCCUGGAAGUCUACGCGUCGGACUCGAGCGUGGCGACGACCAUCAAGGUGGCCAAGGACCGAAUCCAGGCCGCCAACAGCGUCGUGCCGCAGGCCAAGCUCAAGUUCGAGGCCGAGCCCCUCAAGCAGCAGGUCGGCCAGGUCGCCGCCAAGCUCGACAACUUCAUCAAGUCGUGGCAUCACGAGGAGUACUUCAACACCGCCUCGGAGGCGCUCGAGGAGCUCAAGGUCCUCGUGCCCGCUCUCGAGGCCUACGCGGCCGACUCGCACGUGAGCUCCGUCAUCGCCAACACCAAGGAGAAGAUCGCCAAGGCGCAGGCCAACCUCCCGCUCGCCAAGGCCAAGUACGAGGCCGAGCCGCUGAGGAAGCAGGUCCAGCAGCACUUCGACAAGCUCAACCGCUUCGUCUCGCAAUGGUGGGUGGAGGAGUGCUACAACGCCGCGGUGGAGUCACUGGACGAGCUCAGCACGCUCGUCCCGCGCCUGGAGGCCUUCAGCGACGGCCAGGCCGAGGCCACCGCGCGCCUGGCCCGCGAGAAGAUCCUGGCCGCCCAAGCCGCCAUGAAGUCGGCCAGCCUCAAGUUCCAGGCCGAGCCGCUCAAGAAGAAGACCGAGGCCGCCGUGAGCCAGCUGCGGGCCGCCAGCAGCAAGUGGACCACGCAGGAGAACUUCGAGCAGGGCCUCGAGCUGCAACAGGAGCUGCAGGCGCUCGUGAAGGCCCUGCAGCCCUUCAAGGAGGACAGCGCCACCGAGGGCGUGCUCUCCAGCGCCCACCAGGCCCUGCUCGCCGCCGAGGAGCGCCUGUCGCAGCUGCGCAUCAAGUACCACCUCCAGCCCGCGCUCGACGACGCGCGCAAGACCACCUCGGCCCUGUCGACCUUCAUCGCCAAGUGGCUCCAGGAGGAAGAGUACCGCAAGGGCGUCGACACGGUGGCCAAGGCCAAGCGCCUGCUCGCCAAGCUGGCCCAGUUCGGCGCCAACGCCGAGGCGCAGACCACCGCCGAGCACCUCAAGCAGAAGCUCGCCGAGGCCGAGCAGCAGGUCAAGAUCGCCCAGGCCAAGCACGGCGUCAUCGAAGCCGCCCCCGAAUCCGACGACGCCGCCGCCUCCGACAAGCCCGCCAAGAAGGGCGCCUUCACUCCCUACCAGCCGCCCAAGGAGAUUCCGUUCCUGCUGCCAGAGCCGACGUCGUUCCAGGCGCUGGCUGCGUCGCUCGACCCGCCGGCGGGACUGAACGUGGGUCCCAUGAAGACCUUCGUCACGCCGCUCGAGGAGCAGCUGGCCCGCGCGGUCGGCGCCACGGUGCCCAUCUGCUUCAACUGGGAGAACUGGGUCAACCACCAGAGCUUCACCUCGAAGCCCGACGGCACCAAGCUCGAGCUCAUCAAGACGCUCUACCAGAACUGCGCGCGCCAGGUGGUGGGCGCGCUGGCGCAGCUGAUCGGCGCCGACCAGGUGGCGCGCAACCUGGUGCAGGCCAACACGAAGCGGAUCGCGCUCCAGUACGACCCGACCGACUCGGUGCUCGACGGCCGUGAGAGGCACAACUACAAGGCCGAGCGCAACAGGGAUGGCGACCUGAUCGUCACGCUCAACAUGACCCAGAACGGCCAGAUCCAGCUCGAGCACGGCCUGCGCAUCAAGCUCGACAGGCUGUACAACAUCGCCGUGUGCCAGGCGCAAGCCAAGGCCCCGGAACUCUCCGACAAGGCGCGCCUCAACGCCUACAUCGAUAUCGAAUUCGCGCCGUUCGGCCUGAACGAGAAGUUCCAGUCGUGGGAUCCGAAGGACAAGGCCAAGCAGAUCUCGCGCUUCUGGGACACCCUCAUCCCGCAGGGUACCUACGCGACGACGCAUCCCAGCAUCAAGGGCCUGUGCCAGAUCAUGAAGGAGGCCAGCCCCACGGCCCGCGAGGCCCUCCAGCGCUACGUCCGCAGGAUCGCCUUCGCCUGGGACAUGGAGAACCGCGUUUCCGACCCGCUUGAGGACUUCCCGAGCGUGGGCUGGUACAACAUCGACGUGCAGGACAACAACGAGGUGCUCAUCACGGUCAACGAGGGCAAGGGCUCGACCGAGACCUUCCGCCAAGAGUUCGUCGUCAAGUGGUCGGCCGCGAUGGCCAUCUUCACCGAGAAGUACGUCUCCGAGUUCAAGCUGCGCACCUUCGAGGAGAAGGCCAGCGCCUUCGUGGGCAAGAAGGUCGAGGCCGAGAUCAACUGGGCGCCCACGCUCCGCUCUCACCCCUUCAAGAUUCUCGGCGCCCAGCGCGUCGAGACCGUCCUGCGUGGCCUCCACACCACCCAGCUCGAAUACCUCACCGAGAUCUGGAAGAGCACGAGCGAGUGGACCGAGGCUGGUAAGCGCAUUCUCGGCGAGAGGAUCGACCGCGUCGUGAUCACGCUCGAGCCCACGCCCGCCGCCUGGUCCCUCAAGCUGAACGACCGCACCCUCAACAUCACCAUGGGCUACGACCAGGCUACGCGUCGCCACGCGAAGCUGCAGGACGAGAUCGAGUGGAUCACCGAGGCCACGAUCCCGAUCGAGAUCGAGGCUGCCAACCGGUCGUGCGCGAAGCUGACCAAGGAGCUGAGCGAGCAGGCCAAGAAGCCCAUCGCGGUGGGCAUCAACUGGGAGGCCUUCGUCGCGCUGCCCGAGUUCGUCGGGCUGGGCCACGACACCGUGGUCGGCUACAUGCGCAACGUCUACGCCGUGGCCGCCAACGCCACCGCCGGCCUCCGCACCUCGCUCACCCACGAGAUCGGCUUCAAGGCCAUCACCGCCGCCAUCGACUCGGUGCUGGUCGUGCUCGAGACCAAGAACGUCGCCGCCGAGCCCGUCCUGUCGAUGAACGGCAGCGUCAUGGGCGUCUCGGUCGGCUACACGUCGUCCACCCAGCUGGGCAAGAUUCUCGCGCGCCGCGAGCGGGUCGAGAACCUGCUCCGGGUCAUCGUGCAGGUGCACAAGGCCCUGGCCGACGAGCGCUACAACGCGGUGGUGGCCGCGCUGGCCGACGGUCUCGGCCGCCCGGUGCCGAUCGAGGCCGACUGGAGCCUGGUCGACACGCCGCAGUUCGAGGCCCUCCUGCCCGAGAUGAAGUCCUACGUCGUCGAGUGCCUCCACGCCUGCUUCCCCGAGUGCGUCGUGGCCCAGGGCGUGCUGGUCACCAACCACCACCCGGUGGGCAAGGCCUGCUACUCGGCCAAGCUCAAGCGGGUCUACUUCCACGUGGCGCCCGAGGGCAGUGUCGACAACGUGCUCAACAAGGAGGGCGAGCUGCACGUCGAGCUCGACCUGCGCAGCGUUGUGGCCAAGGGCCUGUUCGCGGGCCACUGGCAGGUCCGCGGCGAGGAGGCGUUCGACGCGCUGGUGCCCAUCGCCCAGUACGACGCGCUCGAGUCCUACAAGGCCAAGGUCGCCGAGCGCAUCGCCUCCACCGUCGGCAAGGCCCUCCCGUUCACCCCCAACUGGGACUUCACCACCAACCCCACCUUCCAGCAAUGGAGGCCUCUGCACAAGAGGCAGUACGUGCUGGCCUACUGCAACGGCUUGCUCGAGUCGAUCUUCUUCGGAGCGCAGGGCCUCCCCCAGCUGUGCGAGCUCUCCCUCGUGCGCGAGACCAUCGCGCAGAAGGUGGACGCCGUCGUGGUCAAGGUCGACCUUGAGGCCGGCUGCGGCGACAACGACGGCACCGUCGCUGGCCGUCCCACCGUGGAGGGCACCACGCUGGUGCUGAACGUGACCCUGUCGGCCUCGGCCCACGACGGCGCCUCGUGGGGUCAGAAGCUCUGCCAGGCGCUCCAGCUGCGCCCGGUCAUCAUCGCUCACUUCCUGGAGAGGCACGGCCCGCCCAACCUCAAGAAGAGCAGCGAGGAGCUCACGGCGGCCGCCACGGCGCCCCUGAGCGUGGAGAUGGACCUCACCGAGGUGCUCAAGUCCAAGCACGUCGAGUCCCUGGGCGCGUUCAACCAGCUGGUGGACUACCUCACCGUGCUCUACGACCUGCCGUGCAAGAUCGUGACCGGCAAGGGCGGCGUGGCGUGGCUCUGCACCAACAGCCCCGACGCGCGCGCGCAGCUGGUGGAGCGCGCCAAGGUGGUGCGGCUGGUGAUCGACACCGCGGACUCAACGCCGGCCUUCGAGGGCCACCGCUACCAGACCCAAAUGUACCAGGUCCGCGUGGCCGACGGCGCCCUGCUGGUGCAGUUCAACCAGGCCCUGGUGGCCAAGGCCGUGGCAGACCUGGGCGAGGUGGUCGAGUGGGAGCUCACCCCCGCCAUCGCCCGCCGCAAGGAGCAGGCCCGCAUCGAGGAGGAGCGCGAGCGCCAGAAGCAGUGGGAGAAGGAGCGUCGCCGCCGCGAGAAGGAGUACGAGAAGGAGCGCCGCCACCGCGAGCUCAUGAACAAGCUUCACUAA